AUGGACAACAUUGUCUUUUACCAAACACCCUCGGCGAAUAGCCAGCCUCCUCUUUUGCCAGGUGCACGCACGUCUUUGAAUAGUUCUAGCGCAUCUAGUACAUCUUUUCCCGUUCUCCAAACUACACCACAUUUCAAUCAACAGAAUGAUCUUCCAAAACAUGAUAUGACCAAAUCCCGAGAUGUGAGACAUUCAUUACAGAAAAGUCACUCAGAUACCAGUCAAAUGCAAGGUACGUGUCGAGAUUUCCUAUCGCGAUUAUCGUAUCUAACAUUUGUGGAGGAAAUUUGACAGCAACACAAAAUCCCCUAGACAGCGAGCUUCUGUUGGUCAUGAAGCAGAAGAGCAACUUAUCUAGCACAGACCCGAGCUGCGACGACAAUAAUGACAAUGACGACUUUCCUGAUAUAGAUGAGCUCCUAUCAAGUAUGAAGCAGAAAAGCGUGCCAGCAAGCGCGAGACCGAACCACGGUAACACAGCUGAAAAGGUCGAUAACGGAACCCGACGUGAUAGUCCUCUUGAUUCUAGCUGCUCAACAGAAGGAACCACUCAAGGUAAGCACACCAAGUUUCUUAAUUUGGCUAUUCUUACUCAUACAAUCCCAGAUCCAAUUAUCCUCAGUGACGAUGAAUCUACAGGCGCCGAGUCUGAAACCGACUAUACUAAUCCUGACUUCGACCUCACAGAUAACAGCUAUCCUAAUACUUCACGCAUUACAGAGAGCGAAGUGGCGGACGGUGAUGGCUUCGGCUCAAGAGCGGCACUCACGUCUCAUUUUCUUGUCGCCGACCACCAAGACGACAAUAUCCAGCUUCGACUCCCUGCUGACCGACCAAGGUCCGCCUCCCCUAGCUACGGGUCUAUCGCAUACCAAGCCAGCAAACUGAUAGACACGGACAACAUACAAAGAAGCAUGAAUCUCGACGUUACUAAGGAGUUGGAGAAUAAGAGCUCUCAUGUCUCUACAAACGGGCGAGAGUUAUCUGCUGUUUCCAAUACAGUCUCUGAUAGCAACAUUCCUAAGCAAUCCCUGCAGCUGGACUUAGCAGCGGCCUCUCCCCAGGAGUCAGACUUAAAGAACGAUCAUCUGCCAAAGCGUCGCCGCUGGGGUGUUACCGAAAACGUCCGCCGCAAAAGUCCUCGCACAAUAGCUCAUAUCAGAUUGGCUAGUACCGUUGCUGCCGCACUCAGAUCUAGCGCCAAACCCCAGUCACGCGCUCAAAGCACAACCCUAGACCGGGAAAUGGUUGAUGAUGGAAGCGCCGAUGAUUCUGAUGACGAAUAUUACAACGAUGGGAGCGACGCCACUGGCUCUCAGAGAGGCUGUCGAUCACGGAAGCGGGUUAGGCAGACGAAGGAUUUAGGGAACAGUAAUGCUGCAGCCUAACCCACUCAUUCCCCUGAUGUCUCAUGUCAAGCUACAGAAGAAACCUCGUGCGGUAGUAUGCAGGAGAGCGAAGAGAUUCCCAUCCAUGGAUCCUUUGCACUAAAGAUAGUGGAGUCAAAAGUUCUAUACUGUCUCACAUUUUCUCAAGAAUCAUCACCACUUUUUCAAAGCCAAGGGCAACAACAAGAUAGUCCCACCGACCCCGAAGAACCUCAGCCGGCUGUUUCAAUCACAGACCCUAGUCAGGAAUGGGGAAUCCACAAAAUCACUGGUCAGAAAAUAGUUAGAGGUGAGAGGCACUUUCGGGUAGAAUGGAAUGAGACGUGGAUGCCUGAAUCUGAACUAGCUGGAUUCAAGGAAAUAGUGGAUACCUUCAUAACGGAAGUUGGGACUGGGACCGGAGGGAAGAAGCGGCCUCAGAAGCGAAGUCGGCUAGCUACUGGACUGCCUCAUGCUCGGGAUGAAGAAGAGCCAAAGAAGCGACGUGGUCGAUCUCAGAAGCAGACGUGA